AUGGCUCCAAUGGCAAUGGCUGGCCGCCGUGGAGGUACCAUGACGACUCUCGUCCGCUCUGCUGCGCUGCGCUCCGGCUCCGGAGCCACCCUCAAGAGCCGCAUCACCACCACCACCACCACCGCCCGCACCCUGUCCACGGCCACCGGGCUGCCGCCCACCUACGAGCGCCUGUUCAACAAGUACACGGAGGUGCGUCGCGUGCUCAGCGGCCAGCGGCUCACCCUCGCCGAGAAGAUUCUCUACAGCCACCUGCGCGACCCCGAGGCCUCGCUGCUCACUGGCACCAACAACGGCCGCAACGUACGUGGCGCCGCCAACCUGCGCCUCGACCCGGACCGCGUAAACAUGCAGGAUGCCUCGGCCCAGAUGGCCCUGCUGCAGUUCAUGGCCUGCGAUCUCGCGCGCCCGGCCAUCCCCGCCAGUAUUCACUGCGACCACCUGAUCGUGGGCGCCAAGGGCGCUGGCGACGAUCUGAGCGCCGGCAUCGAGACCAACAAGGAAGUCUUUGACUUUCUGGAGUCGGCCGCCCGCAGGUACGGCAUGGACUUCUGGCCGCCCGGCGCGGGCAUCAUCCACCAGACGGUCCUCGAGAACUACGCCCUGCCAGGCCUGAUGAUGCUCGGCACCGACAGCCACAGCCCCAACGCGGGCGGCCUGACGACCAUCACGAUCGGCGUGGGUGGUGCGGACGCCGUCGAGGCCCUCGUUGGCGCGCCGUGGGAACUCAAGGCGCCCAAGAUCCUCGGCGUCGAGCUCACCGGCAAGCUCUCCGGCUGGGCCUCGCCCAAGGACAUCAUCCUCCGCCUCGCUGGCGAGCUUACCGUCCGCGGUGGCACCGGCUACAUCAUCGAGUACUUUGGGCCUGGCGUCGAGUCGCUGAGCUGCACAGGCAUGGCCACCGCCGCCAACAUGGGCGCCGAGGUCGGCGCCACCACCUCCAUCUUCCCGUACACGGCGGCGUCGGCGCGCUACCUAGCCUCCACACGUCGCACGCAGGCCGUCGCCAACAUCGACGCCUUGCAGGCCUUCCCAGGCGCCGGCACGAGCGCCGACGCGCGCUUCCAGUUCCGCGCCGACGACGGCGCCGAGUACGACAAGCGCAUCACCAUCGACCUGUCUACGCUUGAGCCGCACAUCAACGGGCCCUUCACGCCGGACCUGGCGACGCCGCUGUCCAAGUUCAAGGAGACGGUGCGCGAGCAGGAGUGGCCCGAGGCGCUCUCGGCCGGCCUCAUCGGCAGCUGCACCAACUCGUCAUACGAGGACAUGACGCGCGUCGAGUCGCUCCUCAAGGAGGCCGCCGCGGCGGGGCUCAAGCCAGCGGCCGACUUCUACAUCACGCCGGGCAGCGAGCAGAUCCGUGCGACACUCGAGCGCGACGGCACGCUGGCGGCGUUCGAGGGCGCGGGCGGCGUGCUCCUGUCCAACGCGUGCGGGCCGUGCAUCGGGCAGUGGGCGCGCCAGGACGGCGUCACCAAGGGCACGCCCAACGCGAUCCUGACCUCGUACAACCGCAACUUCCGCGGCCGCAACGAUGGCAACCCGGCGACCAUGAACUUCCUCGCCUCCCCGGAGAUCGUCACCGCCAUGGCCUUUGCCGGCGCCACCACGUUCAACCCCGUCACCGACACCCUCAAGACGCCCGACGGCCGCGACUUCAAGUUCUCGCCGCCGCGCGGCCAGGAGGGCCCCGCUACACCGUUCGAGUCCGGUGUCGCCUCGCUCGGCGUGCUCUCGCAGCCGCCCGACGCCGGCGUCGCCAUCGCCAUCGCGCCGACCUCGGAGCGCCUCGCGCGCCUCGAGCCGUUCGCGCCCUUCCCCGACGGCGACCUCGCCGGCCUGCGCGUGCUCGUCAAGGUCACCGGCAAGUGCACCACCGACACCAUCUCCGCCGCGGGGCCUUGGCUCAAGUACAAGGGCCACCUGCCCAACAUCGCCACCAACACGCUCAACACGGCCGUCAACGCCGAGACGGGCGAGGUCAACGCCGCGUACGACCUCGACGGCGAGCGGUUGACCAUCCCCGAGCUCGCCGAGCGCUGGCGCGCCCGCGACCAGCCCUGGCUCGUCGUCGCCGAGCACAACUACGGCGAGGGCUCCGCGCGCGAGCACGCCGCGCUGCAGCCGCGGUACCUCGGCGCGCGCGUCGUCCUGACCAAGUCGUUUGCGCGCAUCCACGAGACCAACCUGAAGAAGCAGGGCGUCGUGCCGCUGACGUUCGCCGACGAGGCCGACUACGACAGGAUCGCGGCGGGCGACGAGGUCGCGACGGUCGGGCUGCAUGAGAUGCUGCGCAACGAAGGCCGCGGCGAGGUCAGCCUCCGGGUCACCAAGAAGGACUCGGGCGAGGAGUUCCUGAUCCCGACCAAGCACGCGGUCAGCAAGGACCAGGCCGGCUUCAUCCUCGCGGGCAGCGCGCUCAACCUACUGUCCAAGGGCGUUUAA